AUGGAAAACCAUAAACCUGACCCAGAGAUGGAUGUGGAGAAGGAUGCGGUUAAGACUGACGUGGCUGAGGUCUUUGAUAUUCACGACGAGAAAGCGCUGAUGCGCAAAGUUGACUGGCAUAUUCUUCCCAUCAUGUUCGUUGCCUACAUGCUUCAGUUCCUCGACAAGACGGCGCUAGGAUAUACUGCAAUUUUUGGAAUUAUGCAAUCCUUGAAACUUGUUGGUGACCAGUAUUCAUGGGCCUCCAGUGCAUUCUACUUUGGCUUCUUGGUGGCAUCAUAUCCGGUAUCUGUAUGCUUCGUCAAGUUUCCUAUUGGAAAAUUCCUCUCCAUUUCCUUCCUCAUCUGGGCUGUGAUCUUGGCAUGCCAUGGAGCCACGAACAACUUUGGCGGUCUCAUAUCCCUUCGUAUCCUACUUGGGAUUCUUGAAAGUACCAUCAGUCCUGGUCUGUCCCUGCUGACUGGCCUCUGGUACAAGCGGUCCGAGCAUGCCUCUAGACAUGGAAUCUGGUUUGCAGGAAACAGUGUUUCAUCCAUUUUUGGUGGUCUGUUGACGUAUGGUAUCGGCCAUAUCAACAACUCAGUUGAACCAUGGAGGUGGAUCUUUAUCAUUUUCGGCAUCAUGACCUUUGCAUAUGGCAUUAUCUUCUAUAUUUACCUGCCAGACAGCCCUGAAAAUGCCCGUUUCCUUACUAAAGAGGAAGGACAGUUCGUCAAACUGCGUGCUCAGCGGGAGUCACACACUGCUAUUUCGUAUAAAUGGUCAAAGAGCCAAUGCCUCGAAGCACUCAUGGACCCGAAAACCUGGCUCAUUUUCGUUUACUCCAUGGCUUCCAGCAUUCCUAACGGAGGUCUCACAAGCUUUGGAAGUAUUGUUAUUGCCGGAUUUGGAUACUCGACUUUCAACACUCUCCUCGUUGGAUUGCCCACUUCGGUGUUCACUCUCAUCUGGGUGGUUCUGGCCACAACCGCCGUUUCCAAACUCCGCAAAUCUCGGUGCCUCACCGUUGCUGUUCUACAGCUCAUCAGUUUGGCUGGGUCUCUUAUGGUCUCUCAGAUCAACCCCACUCAGAAAAUUUCUCGACUGGCAGGAAUGUGGUUUUUCCCUGCGUAUUCCGCCGGGAUUCCUAUUGUCCUGAGUCUUAUCGCCUCUAAUGUGGCUGGAUACACCAAGAGGACCACCGUGACCGCGGUGAUGUUCAUUGCCAACUGUGCUGGUAACAUCACUGGUCCUUUCCUCUUCUUCCCGGAUCAAAUUCCCGACUACUCAAGCGCAUGGCUCGGAAUUAUGAUCUCCCUGGCUAUUUCCUUCCUCUCCAUUCUUUGUCUGCGCCAGGUAUGCCAGUUCCAGAACAUGAAACGCGACCGCGAGCAGAAUGUCAAGAGAGACCCCGAAUCUCACGAGGACAUUGAAACCGAGGAGGCUGCUGCACUUGAUACUGCGCACAAUCUGGAUGAGACUGACUGGGAGAACAAGAACUUCCGUUAUUAUUUGUAG